AAAUGCAUCCCUCCCCUGCUUGAGCAACUUUGAUCCUGUCAUCUGCCAUGGCCGCACUCCUCUUGCAGUUCCUCUUCCUUUUUCUCACCUCUCUCUGUGUGUCUGCUAUCUCAAACCAGGCUCCAGAGCCUUAUGUGGUCUACAUGGGAGGCAUACCAGAAGGUGGAGACCAAGAAGCUUUGCAAGCAUCUCACCUGCAGAUGCUAUCCUCUGUGAUUCCCAGUGAUGAAGAGGGAAGAGUGUCCCUAACACAAAGUUACCAUCAUGCAUUCAUGGGGUUCUCAGCCAUGCUUACCGAGACAGAAGCUGCUUCAUUAUCUGGCUACGACGGGGUGGUGUCGGUUUUCCGUGACCGGAUUCUUCGUCUUCACACCACACGCUCUUGGGAUUUCUUGGAGGCAGAAUCCGGCAUUGGAUCGGAGCGACUCCAUGAUAGAUCCUCUAAUGAUGUCAUAAUUGGCAUCAUUGAUACUGGGAUAUGGCCAGAAUCACCUAGUUUCAGUGAUGCUGGGAUGGGGAAGAUACCUUCAAGAUGGAAAGGGACUUGCAUGGAAGGAUCUGAUUUCAAGAAGCCAGACUGCAACAGGAAGCUGAUAGGUGCAAGAUACUACACCAGCCAAGCUGAAUCAAUCCGACCUGCAACUAACGGAUCCCACACGAUCAAAGUGAAUGGCUUUGGAUCAGCAAGGGAUUCUGUAGGCCAUGGCACACACACUGCAUCCACAGCAGCUGGCACAGUGGUGCAAAAUGCCAGUUACUAUGGCAUUGCGCAAGGGGAAGCCAAAGGAGGCUCUCCUUCAAGUAAACUUGCCAUCUACAAGGCAUGCUCACUCGGCGGGUGUGCCAGCUCGACGGUGUUGAAAGCGAUCGACGACGCCAUCGAUGACGGCGUCGACGUGAUCUCGAUAUCGAUCGGAAUGAGCUCCGCGUUCCAGACAGAUUUCCUCAGUGACCCCAUUGCUAUCGGUGCAUUCCAUGCCAACCAGAGAGGCGUGAUGGUCGUCUGUUCGGGUGGAAAUGAUGGACCUGAUCCUUACACUGUGGUGAAUUCAGCUCCAUGGAUCCUCACAGUUGCAGCUUCCAGCAUUGACAGGACUUUCCAAUCACAAAUCGUUCUUGGUAAUGGAAGCAUAUUGAAGGGAUUCGCUAUAAACUUCUCCAAUCUCAGUAGCUCAGAUUCAUUUCCCCUUGUGUUUGGUGGAGAUGUAGCAGCAGAGUCUACACCAGUAUCAGAAGCAAGCAACUGCUAUCCUGGAUCACUUGAUGCUGAUAAGACUGCCGGGAAGAUCAUAGUAUGCGUCGGCACCGAUCCAACCGUGACAAGAAGAGUGAAGAAGCUGGUGGCUCAAGGAGCCAGAGCUAAAGGGCUGAUCCUGAUUGAUGAGGAUGAGAAAGGAGUGCCUUUUGAUUCCGGCAGCUUCCCAUUCUCAGAGGUUGGAAAUGAUGUUGGAGCUCAGAUACUCGAGUACAUGAACUCCACCAAAAAGCCUUCUGCUGUCAUUCUGCCAGCUGAGGAUGCGAAGGAGUUCAAACCAGCACCAAUUGUGGCAUACUUCUCAGCCAGGGGUCCUGGAGGGCUCACUGAAGCCAUUCUUAAGCCUGAUGUGAUGGCUCCAGGGGUCAGCAUUGUUGCAGCAUCAAUUCCUUCAUCUGACAUUGGAGAUGUUCCAGUAGGAAAGAAACCAUCAAGCUUUGCCAUCAAGUCAGGCACCUCAAUGGCUUGCCCUCAUGUGGCUGGUGCAGCUGCCUUUAUCAAAUCAUCUCAUCCAAGAUGGUCUCCUUCAAUGAUAAGAUCAGCACUCAUGACAACAGCUACCAUUACCAACAACCUCGGGAAGCCCCUCACAAGCAACUCAGGAGCCAAUGCAAGCUUCCAUGACAUGGGGGCAGGGGAAAUAAGCCCACUUAGAGCUCUGAGUCCAGGACUGGUGUUUGAGACCACCACAGAAGACUACCUGAGAUUUCUCUGCUACUAUGGGUACAAGGAUCAAGUCAUCAGGUCCGUCAUCACUGGCACCAACUUUAGCUGCCCACCUGACCCCACACAAGACCUCAUAUCCAACAUCAAUUACCCCUCCAUCUCCAUUGCCAAGCUUGAAGGCAAGCAGACACUGGUGAAGGUGAGCAGGACAGUGACCAAUGUUGGACCGGCAAACUCAACCUACACUGCUGCUGUGGACGCUCCAAGUGGCUUCGUGGUCAAAGUCUCACCUGAGAGACUGGCUUUCACCAAGAGAUGGAUGAAGGCCUCUUAUGAGGUAUCUUUUGGUGCGUACGAUGCAAGCCGGGGGUAUGGAUAUGGGUCGAUCACAUGGUCGGAUGGGGCCCACACAGUUCGCAAUGGUUUUGCAGUGAAUGCUAUGUGAUC